AUGCUUCACACAACAUCAACAUGUACCUUUCAAGGUCAUGAACUAGCCUUGCACAUCAAUUUAGUGUGUAGGAAAUUUAGAAAAAUAUUAUCGGAAGAGUUGAAAAGUUCUUAUUGUGAUGAACCUAAACAUAAUCAAUUAUUUGUAUUGGACAAGAUUCAAAAUUUUACCUUGUCUUUUGUUACAAAAGGAGAUUUUGAACAGAGAAUUAUUCCUCAAAAUAUUAAAUUUAAUGAAUCAACAAUGCCACCAAAAGAAAGGCUUUGUUUCUUUGGUGAAUGUUGUGUUUCUUUAAUUCAAUCACUUUGUUUCCAUUCAAUGUCCCAUUUUACUUCUCUUGCUGAAUUAAUUGAUUAUUGGAAAGGAAGAGAAGAAUCACCUGUUAACGCCAUGUUAGAAUUAGGACCUCUUUAUUGGAUUAAAUUAUUUUAUAAUCAAAUUAUUAACACCUUUUUUGGAAAUGAAAAAAUUAUACCAAAGUUAAAUCCUUCAAAGAUUUUAGAACUCAUAGAUAACAUCAAGAUGAAACAAAGAAGUCCUUCAAGAGAUUUGAAUGAACUUUUAGAAAAAUUAUCCAAAGUUGAAAUUUGUCAUGCUUUUAUUUGUGGACAUUUGUUGAAUAUUCUUCAUAAAUUCCAAGCUGUUAGAAGUAUUGACGAAAUUCAUGAUGUUUCAAUUGAAUUUUUAGAUUUUAUUGAUGGUUUAUACAUUGAAAGAUUUAAUGAUAGCGCUCUUUCUGGUGAUGCUCUUUUUGAAAAACAUUUCCAAAUUCACCCUCUUCAAGAAGAAUCUGUUAAACAAUCUAAUAUUAUGAAGAGAAGUUUAUUCCAUAAUGGCAUUGGUCCAGUGGCUUUAGAAGUUGAUUUUAAUCAUAAUAAUAGAACAUCAUCACCAUCUGUUAUUUCUACACCAUAUACAAAUUAUGAUGACGAUAAUGCUAGUUUUAUUUCAGAUAGAUCUCGUGCAAUGACAACAAUAGCUCGCGAUAAUACUGAAUUAACUCUUGAACAAUUCUUGGAUAAGAUUGAUGCAGUUAUGCAACGUUGCAGAAAUUGGAAUCACAUUACAAAUUACUAUUUGAGACAAUAUAAGAAACCAAAUCAUUUCCAUAGAAAUUGGAUAAGAUAUGCUUUAGGUUUCACAUUCACAGCAUUUGCAAGUUAUUAUACUUACAAACAUUUUGAUGAGAUUGUUAAACUUUCUAAGGAAGCUUACAACAGUGUCACUAGAUUUGUCAAUAACUCAAUUAUUGAACCACUCUAUAAUAUUUAUUCAAUUAUCCACUAUGAUGAACACAAACACAAACUAGUUUCUUUGGACGAUGUUCAAGUAUCUAUGAAAUCUCUUGAACGUAUGGUGAAUGAUUUUGUUAAGGAUACUCAUCCAAAUGCUACAGAACAAGAACUUACCAUCUUUUUAGAACAAGCAAAGAAGGGAGAUAUUACUCUUGUCAUGGAAACAUAUGAAAAAGAGUUAAAGAGGCCAUUUGCUAAUGCUAUUUUUGGUAGUCUUGCUAGAGCAUUGCUGAUUCAAGUUCAAAAGCAAAAAUUAGCUCUUGAACAAUCAAUGAUUAGUAUGGAUUCAUUGCUGAAACAAAAUGAACUAAACGUGGAGCUUGUUGCUACUGUCCCAGGAGUUCUUUUAUUCUCAUUUGCUUAUUAUCAACUUUCAUCCUAUAAGAGAAAGACUGAUUUUUCAACAAUCACAGCACCAAUGUCUAGACAAUUUAUUUCUAUUGAAAGAAUUUUGAAUAGAAAUAUUAAUCAGUCAAGACUUCCACUUCAAGACUAUGGUUUUGUUUAUUUAUAUACAUGUAGAAUUAGAGCAUUGGCCAGUAAAUUCUCAACACUCAAUGAACAUCCAAGGUUGAACAGUGAUUUUACAAGUGAUUUGAAUGAACUCAACUCUGUGACAAUGACUCCACAUCAAAAAUUCAAUACCAUUUUACGUAUGAAUAGAGAAUAUAAGUUUUUAAAUGAACUAUAA